CCCACUCAUCCCACUGUUAGGCAUCGAUGCCUCAGUUCCUCAAUAUGCUCCUGCAGUGCAUCACACACCACCUUCUCCCUUUAAAGCCCUCAUUCCUCUAUCUUCUCUCAAGAAAGGAGAGACAUUGGCGUAAGUAAUUAAUUAAUCGUAUGGCCGGGUUAAGCGUUAUAUUGGAAACAAAAAAUAGCCUGCCAAAAUACACAAACAUAUUGUGCAAAACCUCCCUUGUGAAGAACUCCUCUUCCUGCAGCACCAGCCCUUUUCUGGAAAAUUGCUACCUGUGUCGGAAGAAGCUGCAACAAGGCAAGGAUAUCUACAUGUACAGAGGGGAUCGAGCAUUCUGCAGCGAGGAGUGCCGGCGCAGGCAGAUAUUUAUGGAUGAGGAGAGCGUGCGGAGGGACCAGUGCUCCGUCUCCGCUUCAUCAGCUGCGGCGGGGCGUGGCCGGCCGAGGAGGAUAGCCGGGAAAGGAGAGGCCACCUUGGCCGGUCGGUCUGCGUGCUAGUACUUCGUCCGUACUCUCGAGGGCGGUGAGCAUAUUUACCAAAAUGCCCUUACUGUCCGAUUAUGUUAUCGCUCUUCGACCUUGCCUGAGCUGUCUGCUUUUGUCGGUUAAAACUAUUUUUUUUUAUAAAAAAAAUGCAGUUUAGUUUACUAUCCAAUUUAUCCUUAACAUUUGAAUACUUUUUUCUCA